CUUAUAAAUAAGACCUGAGUUGUGCCUUGAUGCCAGAGUUCUCCUCCUCUGCCCUUGAACCUCCACCAUCCAGUGAUUCUUGCCCUAGUUUCUCAUCAGGAGAAAACCACAAAAAAGCCAACAUGUCAGAACACCACAAGAAGAUGACAUCAAGCCGCAAGCAUCACCUCAAGAGUGUAAUGCUGGCAAUUGCGGAAAAGCGUAUGGAGCAGGAGAAACUUGACAUCAUAGCAGCCAAGGAGGCCUACCUGAAUGAGCACUGUCCAGCCCUCAGCCUGCCCAGCAGCUUGGAGGAGCUUCAGAAAAUCUGCAAAGAGCUUCAUCAAAAGAUCGACAAAGUUGAUGAGGAGAGAUAUGACACUGAUCAAACGGUCACCAAGGGACAAAAAGCGAUUGACGACCUUAACAUCAAGGUAGUAGAAUUGAAGGGUAUGAAGAAGCCAGCGCUGAAGAAAGUGCGUAUGUCCGCUGACCAGAUGCUGCAUGCCCUGCUGGGCUCCAAGCACAAGGUCACUAUGGAUCUGAGGAGCAACCUGAAGCAGGUCAAGAAGGAGGUCAAGGUUGAGGAGGCUGGUGACUGGCGUGCAAACAUUGAGGACCAGAAGGACAGGAAGAAGAUGUUUGAGGGCGCUGAGGCAUAAACAGAUUGAAGUGCAUCAAGAUGCUGCACUUCCAUCUGAACGGUUGGAUGGCAGAACUGAACAGAAGAGAUGGAUGGCAGAACGCUGGAUGUGUUGGGACAAGAGGCUUUUUUUUCUUAUGUAGCCAGUGUUCAAUAAAGGCUUUUUAACUUUA